AUGUCGACAACAGAGAAACGAAUCUCGCCUUCGCCCAUGCACUCGCUGCUCGCCGGAACCAUCGCCGGUGCGGUCGAAGGGUUUCUUACUUACCCGACCGAGUUUGUCAAGACGCAGGCUCAGCUUGCCUCGAAUGCAGCCGCAAGUGCCAGCAAGACAUGUUCGGUCCCCAAGAGUGUUCCGGGGGCGGUUCGACACAUCUCGUAUGGUGCAUUGCCAGCGCACAAGCUCAACAUCGCCGCCGCCGCCGCCGCCACAUCAGCACCAUCAACCACUGUACCGAUGCCAAAAGCAGGCGCCUCGGCGAUGCAGAUUGUCCGGGAUACUUGGAAGACUCGCGGGAUCACUGGCUUCUUCAGCGGCGCAGGUGCCAUGGUUACGGGCAACUCUGCUAAAGCGGGUGUUCGCUUCCUCACGUACGAUACGAUUCAAAACCUUCUGCGACCAAAGUCGAUCGAUGCAAACCAGAAGCUCGGAAUGGGCAGAUCGAUCCUUGCCGGCUUCCUGGCUGGAUCGGCCGAGGCGAUGCUCGCGGUCACGCCUUCCGAGGCGAUCAAGACACGGAUGAUCCAGGAUUCGCUGCAGCCUGCUCACAUGCGCAAGUACAAAGGCGCCAUCGAUGCGGUUCAAAAGAUUGUGGGCGCUGAGGGCUUGGCUGGUCUGUACAGAGGGUUGGGUGCCACGGUGCUGCGACAGGGAGCAAACUCAUCGGUGAGGUUGACAUCCUACUCCAUCUUGAAAUCCGUACAAACGCAAGCAGGCUAUGCCAAGUCCACAGCAGCGACAUUCGCAUCGGGAGCAGGCGCUGGCUUGAUCACCGUCUACCUCACAAUGCCGUUUGACGUGGUCAAGACGCGAAUGCAACAGUCACCCUCGACCACAGGAGCUACACAGAGCAAGCCGAGCAUCGUCUCGUGCGGUCUCGACAUUGUCAAGAGGGAAGGAGUAAAGAGCCUCUGGAAGGGUACCACCCCACGAUUGACCAGGUUGAUUUUCAGCGGUGGCAUCGCGUUUACUGCUUACGAGACGGUUAUUGGCUGGCUCAACCCGACCACAGUUGCUUGA